UGUGCGGCCCGGGCCGAGGAAGGAGAAGUGGGAGGAGGGGGGAGCUCGGCGUCCCGCUCCCUCCGCCGCUCAUGGCGACGACGCUCGGCACAUCCGGGACCCUCCGGCCGCCACGGCCGCGGCGCCGGCUGCUCGGGCCCCAGCCCCGGCCGCAGUAGUGACUCGGCUGCCGCGCCUCGCCGUCGCCCCCGCCCCGCCCGCCGGCCCGGAGCCCCGCCGCCGCCCCGGCUGUCCCCGCCGCCGGGGACAUGUCUAACCCCGGAGGCCGGCGGAACGGGCCCGUCAAGCUGCGCCUGACAGUACUCUGUGCAAAAAACUUGGUGAAAAAGGAUUUUUUCCGACUUCCUGACCCGUUUGCUAAGGUGGUGGUUGAUGGAUCUGGGCAGUGCCAUUCUACAGAUACUGUAAAGAAUACACUUGAUCCGAAGUGGAAUCAGCAUUAUGAUCUGUAUAUUGGAAAAUCUGAUUCUGUCACGAUCAGUGUAUGGAAUCACAAGAAGAUUCAUAAAAAACAGGGUGCUGGGUUUCUUGGUUGUGUCCGUCUUCUAUCCAAUGCCAUCAACCGCCUCAAAGACACGGGCUAUCAGAGGUUGGAUCUAUGCAAGCUUGGGCCAAAUGACAAUGAUACAGUUAGAGGACAGAUAGUAGUGAGUCUUCAGUCCAGAGAUCGCAUAGGCACGGGAGGACAAGUUGUGGACUGCAGCCGUUUGUUUGAUAAUGAUUUACCAGACGGUUGGGAAGAAAGGCGAACUGCAUCUGGGAGAAUCCAGUAUCUAAACCACAUAACAAGAACUACACAAUGGGAACGUCCAACACGGCCGGCUUCUGAAUAUUCUAGUCCUGGCAGACCUCUUAGCUGCUUUGUUGAUGAGAACACUCCAAUUAGUGGAACAAAUGGUGCAACGUGUGGACAGUCCUCAGAUCCCAGACUGGCAGAGAGGAGGGUCAGGUCACAGCGCCAUAGGAAUUACAUGAGCAGAACACACUUGCACACCCCUCCGGACCUCCCCGAAGGCUAUGAACAGAGGACAACGCAGCAAGGUCAGGUGUACUUCUUACAUACUCAGACUGGUGUGAGUACGUGGCAUGAUCCAAGGGUGCCUCGGGAUCUUAGCAACAUCAAUUGUGAAGAGCUCGGGCCAUUGCCUCCUGGAUGGGAGAUCCGUAAUACGGCCACAGGCAGAGUUUAUUUUGUUGACCAUAACAACAGAACAACACAAUUUACAGAUCCUCGGCUUUCUGCUAACUUGCAUUUAGUUUUAAACCGGCAAAACCAGUUGAAAGACCAACAGCAACAGCAAGUGGUACCGUUGUGCCCUGAUGACACAGAGUGUCUGACAGUCCCAAGGUAUAAACGAGACCUGGUUCAGAAACUAAAAAUUUUGCGGCAGGAACUUUCUCAACAGCAGCCUCAGGCUGGCCACUGCCGCAUCGAGGUUUCCAGGGAAGAGAUUUUUGAGGAAUCAUAUCGACAGGUUAUGAAAAUGAGACCAAAAGACCUCUGGAAGCGAUUAAUGAUAAAGUUCCGUGGAGAAGAAGGUCUUGACUAUGGAGGUGUUGCCAGGGAAUGGUUGUAUCUCCUGUCACAUGAAAUGUUGAAUCCAUACUAUGGCCUUUUCCAGUAUUCAAGAGAUGAUAUCUAUACGUUGCAGAUAAACCCCGACUCUGCAGUAAAUCCGGAACAUUUGUCAUAUUUCCACUUUGUUGGACGAAUAAUGGGAAUGGCUGUAUUUCAUGGACAUUAUAUUGAUGGUGGCUUCACAUUACCGUUUUAUAAACAGUUGCUUGGAAAGUCAAUUACUUUGGAUGACAUGGAGUUAGUUGAUCCAGAUCUUCACAACAGUUUAGUGUGGAUACUUGAAAAUGAUAUUACAGGUGUGUUGGACCAUACCUUUUGUGUCGAACAUAAUGCAUAUGGUGAAAUUAUCCAGCAUGAACUUAAACCAAAUGGCAAAAGUAUCCCUGUCACUGAAGAAAAUAAAAAGGAGUAUGUCAGGCUGUAUGUGAACUGGAGGUUCUUACGAGGCAUUGAGGCUCAGUUCCUGGCCCUACAGAAGGGAUUUAAUGAGGUCAUCCCACAGCAUCUGCUGAAGACAUUUGAUGAAAAAGAAUUAGAGCUCAUUGUUUGCGGACUUGGAAAGAUAGAUGUGAAUGACUGGAAGGUGAACACCAGAUUGAAACACUGCACGCCAGACAGCAACGUGGUCAAGUGGUUCUGGAAAGCUGUGGAGUUUUUUGAUGAAGAGCGGCGAGCACGAUUACUCCAGUUUGUGACAGGGUCGUCUAGAGUGCCUCUCCAGGGCUUCAAGGCAUUACAGGGUGCUGCGGGCCCGCGGCUCUUUACCAUACACCAGAUUGAUGCCUGCACUAACAACCUGCCAAAAGCCCACACUUGCUUCAAUCGAAUAGACAUUCCGCCCUAUGAAAGCUAUGAAAAGCUCUAUGAGAAGCUGCUAACGGCCAUCGAAGAGACAUGUGGCUUUGCUGUGGAGUGACGGACUUCAAGGACUUACCUGGACGCUAUUUAUACCCCGGACCGCCUCCUUUUCAGCAGAAUUUGAAAGAAUGCUGAAAAACAGGAAAACCUCCCUCCCUGCUUAAAUUGUUUGUAGGACACUGUGAGGGGAAAGGACAAUUCUGAAAUUCCUUUUCAAGGAAUAAAAGGUCUUUAUGCUUUGCCAUGAGGCCAGAUUCAGCUGCUAUUUAAAAUUAAUAUCUUGAACCUAAAGAAUGCUGGCUUUUCCUACAUUUCCAGAGUUAGGCAGUAUUCUACACUUAAAGACUACUACUAUUUUUGUAAAAGGUAAUCUAUUCAAAUUGCUUCAAAGAUUUCACGUUCUCAAACAUCAAGACAACUUCAGUCGGUACAAGUCACAUUUCAUUUUGAUCAAAUACAUGAUUUUGAACAGCUCCUGUACUUGUUCUUUAUAAAAAAAAUAAUAAAGUUAUUUUGAAUUAUUCUACCUUUAUAAACAACUGGCUAAAAGAAUCAUUAUCUUUAAGAAGUUAAGCCAUUUACAUGUUUGUGUUUUUCUAUAACAGAGCAUUAUAUUUUGCAUUAUAUAUGUUUCAGUCUAGCCUAAGUGGGUUGUUUUUAUAUUUUUAAAGCACGAAUUUCCUGGAGUUCAGCUGUGUCAUUUUGGUUGUCAGAUUUCUAAUGCAACCAUGUGGUCUAAAUUUAAUAGUUUAUUUGCUGCAGUAAGAUAUGUUCAGGGGCUCCAUUCUUAAAUAACUUUUUUAAAAAACCCAAUAUUUCUCUAUUAAUAUGAUCAUGUAUUUUGGCUUUAGCUUUCAUUUUAAAUUGCUGCAUUCUGCUAGCUCUGUGGAGCGUGUGGACAGGACAGGGUUUUCAUCCCUCUGCUGGGUCAGCUUACCUUCAUAUGUAUGUAUACUAUUCCUGUAAACCAAAAAGUCUCUGACAAACGCACCUAAUUUAUACUUCAGUUGCAGUGUAUAUUUCUAUCAAGUAAAACAUCCUGAAACUUUGUUUAGAUGCUCAAUCUUAAUUUAAAAUCAUGAAAAAGGAAAAAUGUUGCUCUAGAUUGUUCAGUAAGCUUAGAAAACAGCUUGUCCCUGCCACAGUGAGGUGGGAAGAGUGCAGGGGGAGCUGGACAGGGGAUGCGUUACUUAGGAUUGAUGGGCUAACGUCGGAGGUAAGGGAACCAGUUGCUUUGGUGUCAGGCUGUACAGUACGUUGCGUAGUCCAGAGGCAGCCUAAAUGUGGGGUGAGGAAUUGGAAAAAUGGGAAAUUGUGGUUGGAUUCCUACGUUCAACCGUCCAAAACGCAUACUUUUUUUCCACUUCUGUUGAAUAUGUAAUAAGAAGUGAACAGGUCCUCUGUGUUGUCUCAUGUGACUGAGCAGUUUCUGUGUUGUUGAAGCCGAAGGGUUCCUCAGAGCACCUCAGGAGUAAUGGCUGCAGAGAGGAGGGCAAGGAGUUUGAGUAGGGGGUGCUUCAAACUGCCCAGCCCCUGUACCCAGAGCGGCUCUAGUUAAUCGCCACUAAGUUCUCAUUGGGCAAGUUUGGGGAGGGAGAUUGGGGGAGUUAAAGAAGUGGAAAUUUUGCUGCUUUGAAAAAAAAAAGUUAACUACUUGUGCAGUUUCUCUAAGUUCAUUUGGGCACAUUCAACUGCUACUUAUAGUAAGCUACUUACAGUCCUAACUGCAGUGCUUACACGAGCCCUUUUCUCCCAGUUUUUGCAUCGCAUUCUUGGUUGUAUUAACGGGCAUCUUGAAGUGUACAGCAGUGGCUUCUGUGUCUUUCAUUAUCAGUAAUUCUUAGCUUUCAUUAUAGCACCUUUCUGUUUCAGGACCAUCUCUCUUCUGUCUUAAAGCACUAGCACAGUUUGUGCCUACUAUUAAAACCUUUCAGUAAAACUACAUGGUGAACACUUUCUCCAAGUCCUAGUGGACAGGGAUGCAGUUAGGAUGCAAUGCUACGGUCACUGUAAAGCAGGCAGAUACCAUCGCUAAUGAGUGCCUUUUUAACUUCAGAACUUUGAUAGAGCUUUAAAAGAAAUUACCCUCCAACACAGUCUGUAUUAUCACCUAUGUGAUACAUGAAAACGUGAUUUCAGUUUCAGAAUUAGUUAUUUGCUGAUUGCUUCCAUAUAGGUGCUAAGCAAACUAAUCCCCAAGAUGUCAUCCAAUUUUGGACUUGCACUUCAUGUUUAAUGUGAAUAUUUAUUUCCACAUGUCCCUCUUAACCGAGUUUUUUCUUAUCCUCCCUCUAGUUCUGUUAUUUCAGGUAUGUGAUGUCACCUUCCCAUGUGACUGCCUUUCCGCCAUGACUGAGUGCUUAAUUAUGAGCAGUGACUGCUGUGUAGAGCUCACAUGCAGUGUGGAGGUGAGUCUGUCCAAGGGCUGUGUGUCUCCGAGUUUCCAAGUGGUGCCGUGGCUAGUGUAAUUUUGUUUGCACAUAGUUUGUUGCCCUGGAUGGGCUCAUUUUGUACAAGUCUUUUUUUUUUUUUCUUGUAUUUACAGUCCAGAGCACACACAGGUUUCCCUUUCACAUACAAGGUAAUGACUUCAUGUUAACACUAACUCUGCUUUGAGCUUCAGUGCGGAGUCUGGUCCCAGCAGCUGCUUCUGCUUAAGGGGAGCACGUGCCGUUUACGGUCUUUAACACUCUUGUGUUAGGAUGAUGAUUGUACCAAACACUGAGUUGUUUUACUGCUAGAUGUACUUAGUUCACUUUUUGUAAUAUUCUUCCUUUUCUCAAACUGACUUAAAAAAAGUUUUAUCAUUUUCAUUGUAUUUGUAUUUAUUACAGAGUGUUUUAGCUUUGAUAUUUGUAUUUUUACUCAGUUGUUACAUGAGCUUUAUCAAUAACAUCUGUAUAAAUGGUUUUUAAAAUUAACUAUUGUAUGUGUCCAUGCGGUGUUGAGCAAUAAAAUGAAUGCUGUUUGCACUGCCACAGCAUUGUUUUUAAA